AUGGCAGCCGCAAUACUCAGCCCGCCAUCUGGUCGCCUCUUCUUCGGCGACGAUGUCUUAGCGUCGUCCCCGAUCGAUCCAGACAUUGACACAAGUGGACUCCCUCCCCUCGACGAGCUUCGCAUUGACGGUCCCGUCAAGUUGGUCAAGUAUCUGCCGGCUGACAAGAGAGAUGCUUUCAUUGGUCCUCUCCAUAGCAAUGUAGAGGACACAGUCAAAUUCGUCCAGCGCGAGUGCCCCUCGUUGAGCAAAGUCCCCGCCGAAAGCAUCAUCUUCCGACCUCGAAUCAAAGAUACGGCCAAACAUACCAGGGGUAUUCCGUUCCGAACUCAGACUGUUAGCUUGCCGACGACCUGGGAGCCACCUGCCCAGCCGGAGAAAUUGAUGGUCUUUCAUAUCGAUUCGAAGGUUCCCACGGCAGCACCUUUGCUACCUGAGAACAUCAAGCAGGAGAGCAGGGCGGACCACGGGGCCGCGAAUGCAGGAGAGCAUGAAGAUCAGCUAGAGGUGAAGGGACAGGAAGAUCAGCUAGAGAUGAAGGGACAGGAUGAAAAGGCAAAGGUAGCACGUAUCGCAAAGAUCAUGACCGAAGGCCCUUCGCAAAAAGCUGUCGAGGCUCCCCCGUGGUCGCCUGCCCUUCCUCAAUUCAGCAUCUCGUCAGGUCCCAAGACUUGGGCUGAUCUGGCUGCCGAGGGAAUGUUGCUCGGCGAAUGA